CCAUCUCCAAGGGCUUUCAUGGCCCAUGCUGGCAGCCUGGCGCCGGCCAUGGCGAUUGGGCCGUGCCGCGGAGCGGUGGGGCCGGUGGCCUUGGGGCAAGCAGGGCACUGCGCAGCUGGCGCAUUUCCACGAGGACAUGGGCGAUGUGGUCAUGGCCCUGGCGAAAGAAACGCGCUGGGCACAUGCGGUGGAGCUGGCGCGCAGGCAGCCGUAUUGGCGAACGUAUCAGAAUGCGAUAGAAGCCUGCCGCCAGGGUUCACAAUGGGAUUGGUGUGUCCAAUUGCUCAAGGAGAUGCAAAUCCACAGCCACAGGCCGAGUGCCACGGCCUAUGGCAUGGUGGCCUCAACGCUGGGACGAAGCAUGCAGUGGAGCAAAGCUCUCCAAGUGAUCCAAGAUAUGACAGGGGGCGAUGUGCCUUUGAACCUCAAGAUCUUUAGCGCGGUUCUCAGCGGCUGUGGGCAAGCCAGAGAAUGGCAGGUGGCCAUCUCUGUUUUGGCCGAUGCCGAGCAGCAUCAGCUGCAGCUGGAUAUCGUGUCAUGCAAUGCUGCCAUGAUGGCAUGCAAACACAGCGCCUGGGAGGUCUGCCAGUACUUGUUGCACCACAGCAUGGCCCGGCGACAGCUGACACCCUCCGUGGUGACCCUGGCACAGCUGGUGGAGGCCUAUGGCCACGGAACGCGCUGGGCAGAGGCGCUGCAAAGCCUCCAGGGUGCCCAUCGCUUCUCCCUACAGCCCGACGUGGUGCUGGUCAAUGCCACCGCCACGGCGGCUGUGCGAGGCUCAGGCUGGCCUUCCGCUCUGUCUCUCUUCCAAGAGUUGCCCAAGCGAAGUCUCCGUGCCGAUCUGGUCACGGCCAACACGCUGCUGACGGCAUGGCAAGUGGCUUCGGGAUGGCAGGAGACGCUGCAGGUGCUGCAGUCGUUUCCAAGGUGGUCGUUGAGACCAACCACGAUCUCAUACAACACCACCAUGACAUCUGCCCUGCGUGGGCAGCGUUGGCCACUGGUGUUGGAGCUGAUGGCAGAGAUGCGACGGAGGAAGCUUCGAUUCAGCGAUAGCAGCUUCAAUGUUUUGGCUUCGGUCUAUGAGCAAAACUCUGCUUGGGAGGAUGCCCUGCAAUGUCUCGCAGUCGCAGCCCAAGAAGGACUUCAGCUGAGUUCGCUCACCAUGGCCGUGGUGGUCUCCGCGAGUCGCAAGGCGAUGCAAUGGCAUUCAGUGAUGGCCUUGUUAGAAGAGCUGCAGGACAGCCACUUGGACCACGUCUUCCGUGCAGCUCACAUGGCCAGCUGUGUCGAUGCUGGUGAUUUGCCUUCGGCUCUGGCCGCGUACCGUGAGCUGCCCCUGCGCGGGGCGGCAGGUCGACGGUGGAAUGUCCUCGAUUUGCACGACUUGCAGCCCGAGGAGGCGCGCCUGGCGGUGCGCUGUGCCUUGCUGGACUUGGUGCAGUCAAAGCCAUGGCCUCCAUCAGGUCUCACGUUGAUCACCGGCCGGGGCAGCCACUCCGAAGGUGGACAGUCGAUCCUACAACCUGCUGUGAUGCAGCUACUGCAGGAGCUCCAAGUGGAAGCUCAUCAGAAGCAAGGACGGGUGCGAAUUCCAUUGCGCUCCCUAAUGGACUUUGUGCGCGGAAAACUGGUGCUGCGAUACUUGGGCAAUUUCACGUGUUUCAAUGUGGCUGUGGGUCCGCAGGAGAAGCCUGAUGGCUUCACCUUUCACCGCAGCAACAUCCAUGAGCGAAGACGCCUGGCCACCUUCGCCAGACUCUUUCCGCUCUUCUGCUUCCUGGGAGUGGUGGCGUGCGCAGCUGUCAGCUUUGCACUCUCCGAGAGAAUGUUGCUGACCUUCUGCGUCGGGAACUCGAUAACGCCACAGGGUCGAGCCCUGGGAUUCGCCUGGGAUUUACCUCGUGGCACUGAGGCCAUCCUGAAUGUGAGUCUAGGGAUGAGCUACUCUGGCGUCCUAUGCCUCCUGGGGAUCCGCAAAGUGGCGCAGGAACUGCGCAGCGAGGCCGUGGAAGUGGUGCAGGAGGAAGGCAUUCAACACGUCAUUGUCAUUGCAAAUUACAAGGAGGCUGGGGAUGGGAAGGGUGUUGGAACAGAGCUGUCCCUGUUGGCCCUGUCCGCCAUCAUCUACUACUCGGUGUCUGGUGGCCCAUACGGAGCCGAGGAUGCCGUCGCUUCGGCUGGUCCCUUGCUUUCCUUGGCAGGUUUUCUGCUGAUGCCUUUAGUUUGGUCCCUACCUGAAGCGCUGGUGACGGCAGAGCUGGCCACCACCUUUCCCAGCAACGCUGGCUUUGUUGAGUGGGUCACGGCUGCCUUUGGACCUUUCUGGGGCUUUCAGGAAGGCUUCCUGUCAUGGAUCAGCUCUGUGGCUGAUGCGGCCCUGUAUCCUGUGCUCUUCCGGCAAUACCUUGAGGAGCUGUGGCCACAGAUGUCUGGAGGGCUCUACGGGCAGAUCUUUGUCUUGGGUGUCACGCUCCUCAUGGCAGCGCUGAAUUAUGCUGGUUUGAGCAUCGUUGGUUGGGUAGCAUUUCUUCUUGCAGGAUUCGUACUGUCACCCUUCGUUUAUAUGGUGGUGGUUGGCCUGCCACAGAUCUCGAUGGAACGUUUACUGGUCAGCCCACCAGUCUCCGAAGUGCAGUGGUCAGACUUUUUGAACACGCUCUUCUGGAACUUGAACUACUGGGACACAGCCUCAACAUUAGCUGGAGAAGUGGAUGAGGUCAAAACGACCUAUCCCAAAGCUCUGGCUGUGGCCAUGGUGGCUGUGGUCUUAUCCUAUUUCUUGCCGCUGCUGGUCGGUCUUGGUGUCCCCGGAAAUCACUGGCGCGAUUGGCAAGAUGGGCAGUUUGCCCUCCUGGGGCAAAGGCUGGGUGGACGCAUCCUAAAGUCUUGGGUGAUCUGCGGUGCCGCAGUGAGCUGCCUGGGACAACAGCUCUCGGAAAUGGCUGAGGCCGCCUUCCAACUCCAAGGGAUGGCAGAGGACGGAUGGCUGCCCACCUGCUUUGCGCGUCGCUCGCGCUUCGACACUCCAUCACUGCCCUUGCUGGUGAUCACUAUCCUGGUGCUGGUUCUAAGCAUGUCUUCAUCCUUUCAAAGUAUCAUCCAGAUGCUGAACGGUGUCUACUGUGUGGCCCAGGUCAUCGAGUUUUCAGCCUUUCUUCAUUUGCGAAGAAAGCACAAUGACUUGGAGCGCCCUUUCCGUGUGCCAUGCAGCAGCUUCGCAGCAUGCUGCUUCUUGCUUUUCAUGCCCUUCACCUUUUGCAUUGUUUUGCUUGUCAUGCCAUUCUUCUCAGGAGAUGUGCUUCAGAUCGCUUCACUCCUGUGUUCGAUACUGUUGGGACUCCUCCUCUAUCAGCUGCUGGAGCUUUCAAGAAGAACCUCGGCGUCUCAAACAACAAUCUGCCGUGCGACUGCGAAAUCAAGACCGUUGACCAUGUUCGCCCUGCGCUCUGCUGUUGCCUUGACUUGCUUGGUUGCGGCGGCUGGCCGACGCCACAGCGACAGCUAUCUGACCCCUGAAGUUGGGCAGGCUGAAGAGAAGACGGCUGAAGCUCUUGAAAGCAUCACACCUCAUGGUGGUGAUGGGCAUCUCAUCCCAUUGUCAGCUUCCUUCCAAGUUGCUCCUACUAUGGGUGACAUGCCUGUCAAGACCAGGAUGACGCUCUUGAUGUCACACGUGUCAACAGCUGCCUCAGAGAUCGGCAUCGUAUGUCAGCUCACAGCCAAAGACGAAGUUUCUGCAACAAACUUUGCCCAGGCUUUAACGGACUUCUAUGCAGCGCAGAUAAAGCUUAUUGGCCGUGCUCCCCCUGUGACCUUGGAGUUCUCGGCCCCCGGUCGGCAAGUGUUGAUCAAGGUGAAGGGAUUCCCGAAAGAAGCCACCCAACACUUUGUUGCAGCAGUCGAGGGAUUUGCAAGCAAUCUUGGACACGUGAAUGCCUCUGUGGAUUUGGAUUUUGACAUGCGCGAAGUCAUGGCUCAUCUCAGCAACGAUACGGUUCUCUACGAAGAGCUCUACAAGGGAUUUCGGUAUUCCGUGGAUGCCUCCCUGUCAAAGGCUCUGGAGAAUCUCUUGGCUUCAAUGGUGCCAGACACCACAGUUCCUGGUGCACCGUUCUCAGGACAGGCUGUGGCCAGGAAGCUCUUCAGCUUUUUCACCGGUGCUUCUGCUGAUGUGAAGGUGGCGUUCGAUGAAUCGGUUCGCCAAGAUUUGAUUCGAAGCAUGCCAUUUGUGAACAUGUCAUAUGGCACACUGGUCUCUCUGUACCGCCCGCUUGUCAGCAUGUAUCCCACACACCUCCGCGGUACCGACAUUGCAUUGAAGACCUUGAACAUCAUUUCGACGAUGGAGAGGAUUGAGACGCUGGACACUUGGGAAAUCACGGGACUUCCAGGUUUACAGCUCAUGGCUGUUGGCAACACCAGCUCUGGAAGCUUCGAGUUCUUGAGCAAGCUGGCGAAGGAUGCCGGUCUUGUUGAGGUUCUCCGCAACACCUCAACGAUGUUCCCUCCGGAGUAUCAUUAUCCUGAGCCUUCGUACAUUGCUUCCACCCCGGUUCCUUCGUACACUAGUACCACCACCCUGGUUCCUUCGUACAUUGCUACAGCAGGCAUCACCAGCAACACGUCCAUGGACAAGUUUGUAAACUCGUAG